GCGGGACAGGCAGCGGCCUCCGCCCCGGGCGGUGGCGCGGGUGGGUUUGUUUGGGGGAUUUCCUCCCAGCCCCGCGGCUGGUGGUUCUUCUCUUGUGGUGCCUCCGCUGCUGCCUAGCCCCGGGGUGUUGGGCGUUUCAUCGACGGGUGCAGGAGGAGUGCAGCGAACGGAGCUCGAUGACUUUCAUGGGUCUGUGCACUGAGUUCAGGCUGUGCUUCGGGCAGGUAAGAGGUCAGAGUCUGGAGAAGACACUGAAGAAGAUGCAGGCACACUGAGGACUUCAGAAAAGUGAGCCAUGCAUCCUUCUGAAAGCUGAGAAGUAGCCCUCUGUUAGGGUCAUGAACCUAAGACAAGUCUUUGUGUCGCUACUGAUGUUUGGAGUAGCUGGUCUACUCCUCUUCAUGUAUCUGCAAGCUUGGACUGAAGAACAGAAUACAGCUUACUGAAAUGGAACAAGAUUGUGGCUUAAAAGAUAGUUCAUACGUAAUGAAUUACAGAGGCAAAUGUUUACAGAAGAAUCAGUUUUGCUGGAGAGUCUGACUGGAAAUGAAAAAGGACCCUGCUCAAUAACAGUGUCUGGAGAAAAAUUGCAGCAACAGAUAACUAUGCAGGGGUCAGGAAGAGGAACUUUUUGGAGAGGUGGUCAGCUGUCACUCUACCUACUCAAACCCACUGAUGUCACCUAUUUAGAAGCCGUCAUUUGGUUCCCUACUACCAGUUCUGGUUGUGCAGCCACUGGGGAGCAAGGACUCCAGAUCACAAAGGAUUUCAUGCUCCCACCUCCAGGGAUGCAGAGGAAAGCGGCACAGAGCAGGCACAUUCCUCCUGGACUUGGUAGGCAGGAGGUGGCCAUCAUGGGCAACCGGCAGUGGGAAGGUAAGGCCAACUCUUUUGGUGGAGUCUCCUUGGUGAGUGGACUGUCUGACCAGCAGAAGAUCAGCAAGUCACCCUUCAGCCAGUUCAAAGAGGUGUAUUUUCCCCCUGUGCUGCACCCUUUGAACAAGACUUUGGUUAUGGGUGACCAGUGGAAGGAUGUUGAUAGAACCCAGGAAAAGCGUAGAUCCUUCCUGUAUGAGUUCUGCAAGAAAUACAACAGUAUGAAGAAGUUGCGAACUCACCUGGUGCACAUAGUGUCAAGAAUUUACGUGGAGGACAGGCACAAGGUCCUGUACUGCGAGGUGCCAAAAGCAGGCUGCUCCAAUUGGAAAAGGGUCCUCAUGGUGCUCAAUGGACUUGCCACUUCGGUACACAAUAUUUCCCAUGAUGAUGUGCACUAUGGAAAGCAUCUAAGGAAACUGGACAGUUAUGACCUACAAGGAAUAUACACACGCUUGAACACAUACACCAAGACUAUAUUUGUACGUGAUCCUUUGGAAAGACUGGUAUCUGCCUUCAGAGAUAAGUUUGAACAUCCAAAUAGCUAUUACCAUCCAGUGUUUGGGAAGGCAAUAAUUAAGAAGUAUAGACAUAAUGCAAAUGAGGAGGCAUUGGAAACAGGAUCAGGAGUUAAGUUCAAGGAGUUUAUCCAGUAUCUGUUAGAUUCCCAUCGUCCAGUAGGAAUGGACAUUCACUGGGAGCAAGUCAGUAGGCUCUGCUAUCCCUGCCUCAUCAACUAUGAUUUUAUAGGAAAGUUUGAAACUCUGGAAGAAGACGCCAAUUACUUUUUGCAGCUGGUAGGUGCUCCAGCUGAGCUAAAGUUUCCUAGAUUCAAAGACAGACAUUCCUCCGAUGAGAGAACGAGUGCAGAAGUAGUGAGGCAAUACUUAAAGGAAUUGUCUAAGGAGGAGAGACAGCUGACCUACGACUUCUAUUACUUGGAUUAUUUAAUGUUCAAUUAUACAUCACCAAUUGUAUAGUGCUGGGAUAGCUUCAGGCUUCUAUUAGAUAUUUAUCAUUUUUGGAUUCAGAACAACUACUUUGAUACUACCCCUGAAAGGAAACAAAGUAGCUGCUAAGUGGAGUUGUCUUGACAAAUUGCAGUAAAAUGCCUGAAAAAGCUGCUUUUACCAUUAUUGUGGAAGAGGUAGCUCAGCCAGAUGCUACAUUAGCUUACCUAAUGUUCUUUUUAUGGUUUAAGAAAAAAUCAUUCAGAAUAGCAUGAUUCCUUUUGGUGUGUCUGCUUCAGAAAUUGGUUUCAAAACUAUUUUUGAAUGUAUUUUUUACUUUCUGUCUCUUAUUAAUAAAGAACCAUUGGCUAAUUUUCUAAAAA